CGAUCCUCUGCCGCUCCACGACGUUCAGCCAAACACUGAGGAUGACGCUUAAGGUCCUCUUCGUCGCAGCCGCCGUGCUCUGCCUCUCAAGGGCGGCCCCGCAGAGCUACGAAGGCCUGGGCGUCCUGCAGCCCGAGACCCCUCGUGACCUGGGCGCCUACGAGAACGUGGUCGCCGCCACCAUCGACGUGCUGCCGGACAUCGUCGAGCUCUUCCGCAAGCUCUCCCGGAACCGCGACAGGGCCAACGACCCCGAAGACGCCCAACAGAUGUUGCUGGACUUCAUGCCCAUCACACGCAAGGUCAUGGAGGCCACGGAGAAGGCGGGGGGCGCCGGGAUCUCGCAGGACACGUACCAUCGCCUCAACGCCGCCGAGAAGGUCAUGCCGCACAUGGUCACCUUCAUGGACCGCCUGAGGGAAAUGGACCUCGGACUGCCCACGCCCACGACUCAGCCUGAAUAUGGUCGCGUUCUGUAACUGAAACCUUCUGCUGCCUAGAGAGAUGGAUUUAGAUUUAAGAAUUAUUGAGAUUUAGUUUCAAUUCCAUUUUUUACAAUGGAUAUUCUUUGCUGUUUUAUUUUGCUUCUAAAUCUCCCACUGUGUGCAAGGAAUGGCCGGGGUGACCAUCCACUGGUAGCGCGCAGGUCAGCAAAAUUGCAAGACUAGCACCUUAACUAUUGCACCAAUGAGGUCCAAUCUUUAUUCAAUGCCUAAGUGCAAUCUCACCCAUGUGCGUGAUUCACUUUCAGUCACAUCUAACCUCGCAUGUGAAUGGUAGUUCAAAAGUAAAGUGAAAUGUACACUGUAUCUGUAAAAUAUAUGUAUAUAUUUAUAUAAAAAUGCCACUUCA